GCCCCAUGAAGCCCCGCGAACGUCGCGCUUCCUUCAAGAUGGCGACCAUUAAACAAGAGUUGCCCCCGAAAGGCGGGUAUGCUCCCCUUGGUUUCACGAAGAACCUUCCCAAAAGAGGAGUAUCUGGGUGGCUAACUAUUCUUGGAGGUGCUGCUGUAAUGACUGGAGGUUUUGCCAUGGUAAUCCGCGGCAAUAGACAAAGAUGUGAACUAAGGAAGGAGCAACUCCAAGCAAGAAUUGCCCUCUUGCCCCUCUUACAAGCAGAAAGUGAUAGAAGGGUACUGAGAGGUCUGAAAGAAAAUGAAGAAUUAGAAGCUUUGAUCAUGAAAGAUGUGAAAGGGUGGAAUGUUGGAGAAAGUGUGUAUCACACUAAUAAAUGGGUUACACCAAUGCCAGAGCAGGUCCUUUAACCGUGAAUAUGUCAAUCACAAUGUCAGUUUGGUGUUUUGUAUAUUUUAUUGUUAACAGUGUUAUAAUGAUUGUAAUUAUGAGAUAAAUUGAUUUAACUCUG